AGUCUAAUUAUAAAGGCGGCAAGAAGGUUAGUUUCAAACUAACCGCGGAUCGCAUUGAAUCGCAUCUAAGAUUAUACCGAGGCUCCCAAUUUUUCUCUUGCAUUUGUAAAAUAAAUUUUAAAAUUAUUAAAAUAAAAUAUCGCGUUUUUUUAUUAUUAUUAAAUGUAUAUAUCGAAAAUUGUUCAGAAAAUUAGUUAAUUUUUUUGAAAAUUAAGUUCUAACAUUAAUCAAAAACGAAUUGUGGGUGUUCAAAUACGGUUGAUGGUGUUUUUUUUUUGUGAAAUCAGGGACACUAGUGUAUUGGACGCAAUAUUUUACUACUAUACCAAAAAUUACCAUCGGAAGACACCUAUAUAACGACAUAUAUCUGAAAAUGUUCACGAAAGGGACUAAUUCACAUAUUCACCUGAUACCAACGCUCUGCACAAUUCUGCUUUUCAACUACUUCACGCCGAGCAUCUUCGUGUUAACUGCACCAAACCACAAGUUACCCGAAAACAUCGAUUCCAAACAAGAGUUUGAAGAUGCCCUAGAAAAUUUUCUCAGCGUGUAUUACGACGAGUUGAUAUCACAGAAACCCAACGAAAAUCAUUUAGAAAUGAUCAAGAAGUUUGAUCGAAAUCGUCACAGAAGCAAAAAUAUCGAUGGUGAAGGGUUAGGAAGCCAAGAAGUAUCGGGUAAUUCUCAAAAUAACAGUGCCAAUGUGAAGAACAAGCAAUCUGGUGAUGAUGUUGGAGUGGAUAUAUAUGAUCAGAUGCAAGGAGAUCAACCUGUCAAUGACUAUCCCAAAGUUACCAGCGAAGAAGUUACCAAAACAAGGGAAAGACUAACUAAGAGAGAUGUAGACGAAAGGUUACGCAAAGAGAAUUGGGUGGAAUAUCUAAAAUCACAGAUUUUAAAUCACAUCGGCAGAAGCAAUUCUACAUUUACUAAACCCCCCGAAGAUCCGCCACUAACCGAUUUCAAUAUAACCGAGAUUAUUCCUAAAUUAUUGAACACCACGACGCUGGACGACGACCAAAUCACAGAAAAAAUCAGAAGUUUCUACCCUUCUUGUGAACCCCCACAAAAUCAAGACCAAGACCUUUGGAGAGAGGAGGAAGUAAUGAAUCUUUACUUCGAUUUCGACUAUAAUUCAGACAACAAGAACAGCAACAUAGCUACAGCGACUCUAAGAUUGUACCGUCUUCCCCAAAAUGGUACUAACAACUUCAGUUCAAAGAAAGAUGAUUGUGACAAUCUGGACAGUGUGGAAGAGGACAAGUUGUUACGUGUUUCGGUCUAUUGGUACACCAAAUAUCAGAAAAAACGGAGAGUUAAGAAGAGGCUGUCCGACAGCAAAGUGGUUUCAGAGACAUCCCGUUGGGUGGAACUAAGCGUGAAACCUGCUACAAAAGCCUGGAACAAAGCGGGAGGCAGGAACCUGGGAUUGGGCAUCAGCGUGGAGGACCAGGAAGGGAAGAGCUUGAGAGCGGACAGAUACUUCAAAGGAGCAUCUUGCACGGUUGGAGUUUCUACCCCUAAACCAAUCCCAACCAUCGUACGCGACGCCUCACAUCUACAAGCAGACGAACUUGACAGAAUUCAUAGCCUACUUGGAAAAAAUUCAACAUCAACCGUUUAUAGUGAUGUACUCCUGCUCCCAACCGUAGACAUAUGCUACCUCGAAUUUCCCGAAAACACAGACAUUUCCCACUACAACAGCGCCCGUAUAAACGCCUGCAAUUUACGUAAAAUCCACGAAGAAAACCAACGUCUCGCCGAAAGGGAGCGCGUAGAACGCUUGGCAACGCUGCAAUUCCCCGCGUCCAGGCACAUCCGCCACCAGCGACAACAUCGCCAGACCAACAAAAAUACCGGGGGGAAUAAAAAUACCGAAAUACCGUCGGAUUUCGAGAGUAAUUUCAGGAAUAGUUUGAGUAAUAAGCAAAUAAUUUUCACUAGGGAGGAGUUAGAGAAUCUUCAGAGGAAUAGAGACAUAAGUCGAUAAAACAAAGAAGAAAUACUUACUUAAGUAGUUUUAAUUUUUGGACACAGAUAGAUAUAAAAUCGGUAACAGAACAAUAUUUUUGAUCAAAUCAAACCACACAACCAUACAAAGACUUUAACCUUGCAUCAAAAAAUAUUAUAAUACAAUUUAUAACAUUGAUGUUCAGCGCUAUAUACCUACACCAAGGAUUAAAUACAAUAAUACCUAAACGACAAUAAACUAUAAACAAAAUAAAAUAUUAUUAAAUCUGUACCUAUCUGUGUUCAAUAGUAUUGGAAUAUCUCUCUAUUAGACAAAUGAAGACUGUUUUAGAAAUAGAGUAUAAUGUAUAAGAAAGUAAAUAUAUAGUUAAAAAUAAGCGUCAUUCUAAGAAAAAAUAUUAAAUUAUUUCCCUUUAUUUAAUGGUCAACUAAUUCACAAAUAGUUGCCUAAACCUAGGUGCAUUCAUAUUAACAUUAGUUGUAUACAGGUUGUCCAAAAUUCUGGACAAUCAAUAAUUUCGGACACCCCGUAAAUUCUGCUUAAAAUAAAUAAUUUUUGAAUGUACAGCUGGUAUCAAAAUUUUUAUUAUUUAGAAUAUGUGGUGUGUUUGAUGAGUUGAUGAAUGUCUGUCACAAAUUAUUUUAUUUUUUAGUUAUAUUGCUGUUAUAGUACCGUACGAUCGAGAAAAAAAAACGACGUCAGAGACGGCC